CAAAAAGUGUGUUAUAAAUAAUAUUUUCAAAAUGUUGUCGUAAUUAUUGAAUACUUGAUUUGUGUGACAAAUGGUGUGAAUUGUUUGAUACCAACAAUGGCUGAGAACUUGAAGAAGAGUUUAUCGAAACUAAAAGUCAUUGAAUUGAAAGAAAAAUUACAGGAAUUGGGAAAAACACCGAAAGGACUUAAAGCCGAUUUGGUUAUCCAAUUGGCCGAAGCUAUUGACGAGCAAAACCAAUUGGCCAACAAUGCCGGCGCCGGACAGACACUACCGCCGCCAUCGUUGCAGACGUUUCCGCCGCAGGAGUUGGUGGGCGCCGCAGGACUACAACGGGACACGAAUGAGCCGCAACACUACUAUCAACAACCGGUGCCGCCGUUUGCCAUGAGUGGUCAACCCGUUUACGAACAGCCGACGCAAUACAUACAAAGUCCAUACGAAACACCGUAUCCGUACCAAACACAUCAAGUGUUUAGUCCACCGCAUGAACAACAAUACCAACAAAGUCCCAAUCAGUACCAAAUGCCAGCACAAGUGAGUCCCGGUAUUAAUACACAAAUUGCAGCACAACUGUCGCCGCAAAUGAACAGUUCAUUGCAGCAACAGUUGAGUCCGCAAUUGGCUCAACAAUAUCGACCGCAAGAGUUUCAAAGUCCACACCGAAAUUUUCCGACCAACGACUCGGAAGCCUACGUCACUGAAUACAGCGGUCAAACAGCUGCCGAAGCUAUUCCUCAUUAUGGACACCAAAUACCACAUCUGGAUAUGCACGCUAUGCCUCAAACUCAACCACAGAUGACAUCUCCGCCACACAUUCACAGACCACCAGUUAUAGAGAACUAUCCGCCAGAGUUGUCUCAAAGUCAUAGUUUUCCGCCAAAUAUAACGGCAUAUAAACCCGAAACCGAAUCUUUUAUUCCAAGUCAUCAAACAAUUACUGAACCUCUUGUCGCCCAACAGUCACAACAACAGCAUUUAGUACAGACAACUGCACCUCAAGAUAUGCUAGACUUUGAUGACGUGACUCUUGGAGUCGAUCCAACAGCUGAUGUACAAUAUGGUCAGCAAAUGGGUGCGUUUGAAGCGCACCAAAACCCAAAUCAAUAUCAAAUGAAUGAUAAUUCAAAUGAAUUUCAGCACAACGUCACCGAUGGACAAGCCUUUAGUCAGCAGCACUCGUUGCCGCCAGAAUUGGAAGCCGAGAAUACCAACGAUGAUACUAAUGAAGCGACAAAUGAUGGCUCGACUGACGUAGAGACCAAUGAAGAGACUAAUGAAAGUUUUGUGACAAAUGAUAUACAAUCUGCAGAUGAUGUUAAAGAAUUGGUGACAAAUUUUCCCGAACAUCAGGUUAUUCAUCACACGUCAAAUAUUAACGAAGAUGUUGCCGUUCAAGGCCUUACUGCUGAAGAAGUGCCGAUUGUUUCUUUGCCAAACAACACGUCUGUUAUUAUGAGUUUACAUCAGUCACCACAACAACCGAAACAAAUGGAGGAAAAUUCAGAAGAUUUGUCACAAACGGAUAUCGAGUCAAUUAAAGUUGAGAGUCAGUACACUAACAAUGAAGAUAUGGACACCUCAUCUGAUCAAAUGACAGGAGACGAUAACAAUCUAGAGAAUGAAAAUGCAGACAAAGACAUUGAAGACAAAGAUAUUGAAGACAAAGACAUUGAAGACAAAGACAUUGAAGACAAAGACAAUGCAGACAAAGACAUUGAAGACAAAGACAUUGCAGACGAAGACAUUGAAGACGUUGAGAGCCAAGACACUAAUGAGAGUGAAAAUAAAAUAGAGUUUGAAAAUGAGUCUAAAAGUAAUGCUGAAACUGAUAUCCAAGAUAUUAAACCUGUUAACGAAGAAAUUGGUAUUAAUAAUGAAGACAUCAAACCAAUUGAUUUGCAGAGUAAUGAAAUUGUUAGCCAUUUAAACAAUGAUAUCAUUGUAUCCAUACAACGGAGCGCUCAAGAAAUGCCUGUCGAAUCUGAUAAGUCUGAUGAAAAUGAAGCAAAUUAUAUAGAAAUCGAAAAAACAAUAAUAAAAACAACUAUAACUGCAGUUAAAGAUGAAGUAAUUGAAAAACCUGUUAAAGAAAAUGGAGAUUUAGACCGAAAGAGUAGUGACAAAAAAUUGACUAAAAAUCAAAAGAAAAAACAGAGAAAGAAGAAUAGAGCUAAUAGGAGACAAUUGGUGGCAGAAAAACAAACUAAUAAUGAAAAUGAAGACAAAAUGGAUAUUGAAGAGGAUGAAGAGGAAGAGAUAGAGAUUGAAUACGUUCCCGAAGAGAUUCAAAAAGAUCCGGUUUAUUUCCAGUAUCUCAAAGUUUUUGAUAAAUUCCGAACCGGAGAAUCUAUUAAACAGGACGAUAGUGCUGUAGUGAUAUUUGAUCCACACCGGAAGAUGCUCGAACGCAAGAAACCCGUUGAAUUGGAACUCAAAGAUGACGACGAAAUUAAAGACGGAGAACUAAAAGUAUCGAAACGUAAACUCAAACAAAUGACUCGAAUGACUGUUGCAGAUCUCAAACAAAGAGUUAGUCAUCCGGAGCUCGUAGAGAUGCAUGACGUAACCGCUAGGGAUCCACUAUUGCUUCUUCAUCUUAAGGCGACCAGAAAUUCAGUGCCCGUUCCACGACAUUGGUGUUAUAAACGUAAAUAUCUUCAGGGAAAGCGUGGCUUUGAGAAACCGCCGUUUAAGUUACCAGAGUUUAUACGAAGAACAGGUAUUAUGGAGAUGAGACAGGCGUUGCUCGAAAAAGAAGAAUCGAAGUCACUUAAGGCGCAAAUGAGAGAAAAGAUUCGGCCGAAAAUGGGAAAAAUAGAUAUCGAUUAUCAGAAACUUCACGACGCAUUCUUCAAAUGGCAAACCAAACCGAAAAUGACAAUUCAUGGCGACCUUUACUAUGAAGGCAAAGAAUUUGAAACACGACUUAAAGAGAAAAGACCAGGAGAUCUGAGUAAUGAGCUGAGGACUGCACUCGGAAUGCCUACUGGACCCAACUCUUUUAAAUGUCCGCCUCCGUGGCUCAUAGCUAUGCAGAGAUACGGACCGCCGCCAUCGUAUCCAAACAUUAAGAUUCCCGGACUCAAUGCUCCCAUACCUGAUGGCUGUUCGUUUGGAUAUCACGCGGGAGGUUGGGGUAAACCACCAGUCGAUGAAUACGGUCGACCUCUUUAUGGCGACGUAUUUGGUGUCACCACUACUACUGAUCAAAAUCUUGUUGAAGAAGAAGUCGAUCGAACGCUUUGGGGAGAAAUGGAAGAAGAGUCCGAAGAAGAAGAGGAAGAAGAGUCUGAGGAGGAGGAGAAUGAAGAGAAUGCAGGUAAUGCUAAGUCUGCAACCAAUGAUGUCGACGAAAGUGGUUUUGUUACGCCUGCAGAAGGCUUGAUGACACCGAGUGGUUUGGCAUCGGUUCCAACUGGAACUGAAACGCCAGAUAUGAUUGAGUUAAGAAAACGCAAACAAAUUGAAGACGCAAUGGAAAAUCGUGAAAAUCCAUCACUUUAUACAAUCAUUCCCGAAAAGUCUGAAAAGAUUGGCAGAGAAAUGAUGGGUUCGGCGCAUACCUACGACAUGGGAGCCGCCACUCUCAGAAAAGGACAGGGAAUUGAUUUAGCUCUGGAUCCGAGCGAACUCGAAACCGGAGGUAUGGAUCAGGCGUCGAUGGUUGCCAGAUAUGAACAAACAGUUAGAGAGCAGUCAUCGCAUUUGGCUAAAGAAGACUUGUCUGAUAUGGUGGCCGAACACGCGGCCCGACAGAAACGAAAGAAACCUCAAGAGACGAGCAAAUCAACCAAAAAAUAUCAAUUCAAGUUUUGAUUCAACAUUUUUUACAUACAGUAUAUAUAUAUUCUUUUAUUUGUUAAUAUUUGACAUCAAAUAUAAAGAUUUUCAUAACAUCUUUAAUUUAUAUUAAAAUUAUUAUUAUCGUAGUUUUGA